CCCAUUGCUAUGGACAGUGCCAUCACUCUGUGGCAGUUCCUUCUUCAGCUCCUGCAGGAGCCUCAGAACGAGCACAUGAUCUGCUGGACAUCUAACAAUGGGGAGUUCAAGCUUCUGCAAGCUGAGGAGGUGGCUCGUCUCUGGGGGAUUCGAAAGAACAAGCCUAAUAUGAAUUACGAUAAGCUCAGCAGAGCCCUGAGAUACUACUACGUAAAGAACAUCAUUAAAAAAGUGAAUGGUCAGAAGUUUGUGUACAAGUUUGUCUCUUAUCCAGAGAUUUUGAAAAUGGAUCCACUGACAGUAGGCAGGAUAGAGGGAGACUGUGAAACUUUAAAUUCCCUUGACGCCAGCAGUUCCAAAGAUGCUGAGAGUGGGGCAAAGGAACGGGCACCUCAGCCUGCAGCCAGGACAUCUAGUCGCAAUGACUACAUACAUUCUGGUUUGUACUCUUCAUUUACUCUCAACUCUUUGAACACCUCCAAUAAGAAGCUUUUCAAGUCAAUCAAGAUAGAGAAUCCAGCUGAAAAACUGGCAGAGAAAAAAACUCAGGAGCCAACACCAUCUGUCAUCAAAUUUGUAACAACACCUGCCAAAAAGCCACCCAUCGAACCUGUUGCUGUUACCUUUUCAACAAGCCCAAGUAUUUCUCCCUCUUCUGAAGAAACUAUCCAAGCUUUGGAGACACUGGUUUCUCCCACACUGCCUUCUCUGGAAGCCCCAGCCUCUGCAUCCAUUCUGGCUACCACCUUUAACCCCACUCCUCCAGUUCCAUCCGUACCCCUUCCCCCAAAGGAGCCUCCUAGGACGCCUUCUCCACCACUGAGUUCUAACCCAGACAUUGACACAGACAUUGACUCAGUGGCGUCUCAGCCAAUGGAACUUCCAGAGAACUUGUCAUUGGAGCCUAAAAAUGAGGAUUCAGCUGUGCCAGAAAAGGACAAAACAAAUAACUCCUCGAGAUCCAAGAAGCCCAAAGGGUUAGAACUGACACCCGCCCUUGUGGUCACAGGCAGUGACCCCAGCCCCCUGGGGAUCUUAAGUCCAUCUCUCCCAACAGCGUCUCUCACACCAGCACUUUUUUCACAGACACCCAUCUUGCUGACUCCAAGCCCCUUGCUCUCCAGUAUCCACUUUUGGAGCACUCUCAGCCCAUUCGCUCCCCUGAGCCCAGCCAGACUGCAAGGUGCUAAUACGCUUUUCCAGUUUCCUUCUGUGCUCAACAGUCAUGGACCAUUCACUCUGUCUAGCCUGGAUGGACCUUCCACUCCCGGCCCGUUUUCUCCAGACCUACAGAAGACAUAACCCUUGCAGUUGUGGACUAAGACCAAGGAACUAAGAAACAGAGACGUCCAACAGGAUUGGUUUGAAAUGAGGGAUAGUUCUGCAGUGCUCUUUUAGACUGUUGUAAUUUCCCCAUUGCCUGUUGAAAGCCUUUUCAGGAUUCUCAAAAGUUGGACUGUAUAAAAAUGCCUUAAUUGGAGUUCAAACUCCACCUCACUUCUUUUUUAAAAAGGUUGUGUGUGUGUGUGUGUGUGUGUGUGUGUGUGUGUGUGUUGUUGCUGUUUUUGUUUGUUUGUUUUGUUUUGUUUGUUUUUUUAAGCUUUGUGCAAAAAACAUUGGUCUGUUGGGGUUCAGCAGCUGUGUUUUGCAAGAAAGUCGCAGAACAAAUUUACUGGUCCUGGAUGUAAGGACUCUUUGGCCAGGGGAAAAAGUAUGCUUAGUAUCUGUUAUUUAAAGAAAUACUUGUUAGUUAUGAAUGAUGGCCCACUUCUGUGAUCCUAGCACUUGGUAAACUGAGACAGAAGGAGAACACCCAGAGUUGAGGGCCAGCCUGGGCUAUGUAUAUAGUGAGACUGUCUCAAAGGGAUAAAAAUACGACUUAAAGGAAAUUGUAGUAUGUUUAGUAGUAUGUAUGCUCUAUUGAAAGACUAAAAGGGAGCCACUUGUUAACAGUGGGAGGAAGAAUCAUUCCUGUUCUUAGAAGAAUUAGGGUAUUAUGAGGCGGGAGGUUCUGACGUGAUAGUCAGCACCACAGAAAGGCAUCUUGUUUGCCCUCAUCCUGGGUGGAUCUCUGUGCUAUACCUGUGAUCUCAUCUGAAGCUAUCAAUGGGCCCUGCCCUGAGCUUUGGUAACACAAGGCUUUGAAAACUCAGUUUUAAUGUGGGUUUGGGGCAUUCAUUGAGAACACAGGAGCCCACUUUGAGCACAGAUCUCUUGUCUGCUCUCUGAGUGGUGUGGUUCUGUAUCCAUACAGCACAUCUUGGAAAAAGAUAAUUUUUAGGAAAAUGGAGUUGGGGCUUGAAAAUUAAAUAUUGGAAGCAAGCAAAAGGUUCAGUUGAAUACCCUAAGACACAGGUGGGGGCAUUUUCCAGCCAGAAGACACCCAGAGUGACAGGCCCUGCUUUCUUCUUGCUAAUUUUAUCCACUCCUGCUCUGCAUUUUUUUUUAAAAGUGCUUCUUUUUAAAUCGAAGGUCAGAGGAUGAAGCAGUGUUCAGGUGUAAUCAAGAAGGUGGACGUCACAGUGAAACUUUCCAGUCAGUCAUGAGAUAAAGGUGUGCUUGUUUCUUUCCAAAAAUGCUUUAGAUUAUGGGAUCAGAUUGCAUUUGGCCACUCUCAUACAUAGAACUAUGAUUGUUAAAUUAGUAAUGAGAACUACUUCUUAUUGCUAUGGCCCUUCACCUGCAUAUUGUCACAUUUAUAAAAUACCGUGUGGUAAGUCAGAGCCAGAUGCACACAGGGACAUUGGUCUCUCAGACUGAAUUGAGAGCAGUAUCACAGUGGAAUCUUGAAAAAUUUUAACUCUAAAGUCCAGAACUAAAUUAGAUUGCAUGCCCCACCCCUCACCCAUUAAACCCUAGAACUGACCGAGAAGUAUGAAGUGGGGGCUUGCAGGAUCAGGAUGACACUGAUACAGUGUGGCAUCUUUCAGAACAUCACUGGCUGUCCGGUGCAGAGGUGCUUAGGUAUGGACAUGUGUGUGGCUGAGUAGAGAAGGGCAACAGUGAGCUGUCUUUUCGAGGGGCAGUUGGAGACUUGUUACUGGUUCAUUUGUGGUUCUAAAUGUUCUGUUCCCACGAUGUGCAAUAGUAGGGUUCAAAGGUAGUGUUCAGAGUGAUGGGAACAGGCGCUGCAAUGGGCUUCCUUCCCAGAGUGGAGUAUUUAGUUUGCUUGCAUAUUUGGAAUUACCCUCAGCAGCACUUUGUAGUAAUUUAGUGGGUUAACAAUGUGUGUACUAAGUAAAUAUUGAGAAUUGAUCUAACUAGGUGUUUGAAAUUCUGAAAACAUAAGACUUCUAUCUUCUUGAGUUAAAGGAGAAAAGCCAUUGGUAGUUUUCACAGAUGAUAUAUUUGAUAAUUUACUGUUUUAGCAUAGAGGUGCCAUGGGUCCAAGGGCACCAUUUAAACUCAGGCUGGGUGUGGUAGCACAGGUCUGUGAUCCUAGCACUUGGGAAGUGAAAGCUGGAGGAUCAAGAAUCAGGGAUAGCCUCAGCUACAUAGUAAGUUUGAAACUAGCUUGGACUACAUGAGACCCUGUCUCAAAAAAAACAAAAAACUCAGAGCAACUUUAUAAGAAACCAUGAGGCCUUGGGGGGGGAGGGUGUUGAUGGACCUGCUUUCUUCUUGAAAUGAAUGAAUUCGAGGAAGCAUGUGCUUGCUCUGUGAGUGUGUGUGUGCGUGCGUGCGUGCAUGCGAGAGAGAGAGAGAGAGAGAGAGAGAGAGAGAGAGAGAGAGUGCGAGUGCGCGUGCGCGUGCGCGUGCGCGUGUGUGUGCGCGCGCGCGUUUCCUUUUUAAGGUCAGUUUAUAACCUUGCUGUGUGUAUGUAAGGCAGACAUUUCUUGCUGUAGACUACCUCCUUCCUGAAAAAGCCUGAGCGUUGUAUGGUCUGCCAGGGUGACUGGUGCUGGGCAACAGUAGCCUGAGGCUGGGGAGAUGAGCAGGUUGUCAGGGUUUGAGACACCUUCUGAGGCCUUUUAGCUUUUUUUCUGUUCUGGACCAUCUCUACUCAGCUCAGUGACUGAAGGUUUUAGAAGGUCUUGGGGUCCUGGGAAUGCCUGGGUUGGAGGGUCUGCUGGUUUCCUUGGUUUUCUGUGGCUCAGUGCAGUGCCACACACCCCUGUGUAUACUUCCCUGGCCAUGUUUUCACUUGAAGUGUACUUUUCUCUAACUCAUGCUGAUUUUUGAAAAAAUACAAAAUUAAAAUGUCAGGUCUAACUUAAGUAAUCUUUUAAUGAUUUCUCAUAGUAUUAUUGUGAUGCUUUAGUCCUUGUGGCAUAAUCUGUGUGUUUGAAUAAGGGUAGAAAUUUCCACUAAUUAGAAAAAGUAUAUAUUAUAUAAUUGAAUGUUGGCCCUUAAAAGGCCAACAUUAAGCUUCAUCAAGUUAAAAUAUAAGUUUAUUUUCCCUCAUAUUUUAACAGUUAAAAUAUAAGCAUAAAUUUUUUUCACUGUGUUUUUUGUUUUUAAGAUAGGAUCUUACUAUGUCACUCAGGCUGGCUGUGAACCGCAUCCCAAAUGCUGACAUUUUACAAGUGUACACCACCAUGUCUGACUGUUUUCUCAAAUUUUGGUGAAGAAAGUAAAGCCAUGAACUUACGUAGAGUACUGGAUUUUUCUUCUUAAACUGGAAAAUUCCUUUCAGAUUGGUAUACUGUACUAGAGAUCACAAAAGGCAGGAGUGGUUGGCAGGUAUACCAGUGGUUUGGCAUUCAUGGCUAAAUGCCAGCGAUUGAUAUUGCCACUCUCGUUUUGUUCACCUUGGUCUUAUGCCAUGUGAGGUCUAGUACUGUUUACUGUGGCCUUUGAUUUUAACAUUCUGAAAGGCAGCUUUAUGUGGUAAUGUCUUAAGCACCAUUGAGGCCCUUAGUGGAAUUAUAGAAGAGCAGUUGGCAGUGUUCUGGAACACACACCUUGAUUAGGAAAAGGUUUUCUGUUUGUUUUAUUUUCUCUUUUGAUUUUUGAGACUGGGUCUUAGUCUUUAGUCUAGGCUGGCCUCAAACUCUUGGCAAUCCUCCUGCCUUGGCCAUCCCAAGUACUGAGAUUAUAAAUGUGAGUUACUCAAAAAUUCAUACAUAUGUAUCCCUCUAUUAAAGUAAUAUUCACACUCUACCAUAACAUACAAAAUGGGGGUUUAGCAUAAGAAUAAAUGCUGUAUAGCAGCCAGUCCUAGCAGAUGACUCUGAACCUAGAAUCACUGUCCUUCAUUGACACAACAUGAAGUUGCUUGUUUGAUUCUCAAGUACAGAAUUUUUUUUUAAUAACAUGGGAAAAUUCUAGCUUGAGAUUUUCUGGAGCUUUGUCAUAGGUUUUCAGAUUUCCUAUUAAUUCUUUCUCAUUAGGGAUUCAUUCCCAAAUGCUUUCUGGAUUCCCUGCGCAUCCUGAGCUGUUCCUUUUCAUCUCCAUAUUACGAACAGCCGACAUUUUUACUUUAGAGUCUUCUUACAAACAUCUUUGGCCUUAUAUUUUUACCAACAGCUUCACAAUUAUGUCAGGUUGCUUUAUGCUAAAGUAUAUGCCAGCUUUAGUUUUCUUGCAGGAUUAUGAAGUGCUGUUUUUAUUGUGUUUUUUCAUUUGGGACAUUUAAGCAUCUGAAAGGCUAGUUUACUCGAUGACUUGUUCUGUUUAUCACUUAUUUACUACAUAUGUGCCAUUUGCCUGUGCCAAAAACCAGGAGUUGUCAUGCCAUGGUGCCGUUCUUUGGCUUGGAAAAGUGUGGAGACAAGUGCAGGCCUGAGCAGAAACCCAGGGCUCGGAAUGAAUUUCCAGACCAGCAAGAUUCAGAGUGUUGAUGCUGUCUGUGGCCUGCUGUCGGGAACAGGGUGGGGUCUCAAGUGGAUUUGAGCAGCUGAGUGCUUGACACACAGUGCAGGGAAGGGACAGACACACAGUCCGUCUCCAGCAGACUCCCAGACGCUGGCUUCUGUGGCUUCUGUGGAAAGCGCUUUGUUGGGUUUCUUCUAGGCCUGCUGUUCUCAGUGCUGGCACUGCCCCAUUAUUCUCUGACAUUAUCAGAGCUACUUACUGAAGGUGAGAUCUCCAUCUUUGAGCGGGAUUCUACAGGUGAUGGCGCGUCUUGUGCCCCGUGGGACUUGUUACUAUCAGAGUCAUGUCUUCACCUAUAAACAGCAGACAGGAGAGGUCAGUUGUCAUCGUAGUGAAGUGUCCAGCAGGUGCUCCAUCUGAAGCCGACAGUCCUUCAAGCUGCUCCGCUGUUACUGAGACAUAAUGUAACAUGCGGCUAGCUUGCCAAAAGGCAGCCAUUUGUUUCUUCAGUGCUGCUGUUUGUAGUUUAGCACUUGUUAAAGGUGGAAAUGCAGAGUGGCUUGUGGGAGAGGAACUGUCUGCUGACAUGAUUGGACUCGAUUCUGUGGUGCUGGGUACAGAACCAGGCCCUCACAUGCUAAAUAAGUGACUGAUACUGAGCUACUCCUCCCCCACAACUAAAUGACAGCUUUUACCAGGAAAUUCCUGGGGCUUACAGUCUCUUGAAGGCUAAGUGUAAUGCACACUGGGAAGUUUCAUAAAGUUAACUUGUCUUUGAAAUACUUAAUUGGGGAUUGAGCACAUAGUGGUGGAGUACAUCCCUAUGCAUGCACUGCCAUGUUGACCCAGGGUAUGCAAUUCUUCUUCCCCUAAGAUGGCUCUAGUCUAUUUGUUCUAAACAUAAUAUAGGAAACCCCCUCAUUGCUGCAACUACAGGUAUCACCUUUAAAGACAGUACCUUGUUCGGUUCAGUUUUAAAUGCCUGGAAUCAUAGGCCUUACAGACCAGUUGUCAAUCAAUGUGUUAGGACCUGAUGCUUAGACUACCCCCACAGUGGUGUUACCCUGCACUCUUAUAUUCAUGCAUUAAGUGUAAGGACAUUUUCCUAAAGCUCUUUGCAUUUCUGUUUGCUUUCGUGUAAAAUUGCUCCUGGGUUGGUUGGGAAGUUUCUCAGAAGGUGUCUAUAGGGUGUAAGUGGAGGGAGGACUCCUGGCUUGGUGGCAUAAUGUACCCUUUAAACCCUUUAUUAGUAGCAUUAGCAGAAACCUCAAGGGGGGAGGGUCAGGCUGAAUGGUCUCAGCUUUGCCUUCUUCCCAUCUUAAGGUCCACCAAUUCUCAUCCCUCCAGGGAUUAUGAGCUGUGCUCAUACAGCCUAGAAUCUUCUUGAUAAGGUGAGAGGGAGAUGGUGCCUGGCAGCUGGCCCAUAGGUCCUGCCAAUAGAGUCAUUCACUCUGCCCCCUCUCAGGAGCGGGAAUUCUGUGGACUGCCAUUAAAUCACUUGGCACUUUCUUGGGAUCUAUUAUUAGCACUGUUUGCUUGUUUUGUUGUUUUUUUGUUGUUUGGUUUUUGAAACAAUGUCUCACCUUGUAGCUCUGAGAAACUCACUAUGUGGACCAGGCUGGCCUUGAACUCACAUAGAUCCUCCUGCCUCUGUCCCUAAGUGCUGGGAUUAAAGGCAUGUAGCACCAUGCCCAGCUGUUUUUGAUUUUAAUAACUGGAAGCAGUUAAUGGUUCUUUGCUUGAUUUCAGCUUCAGGAUAUUGAGGGUCAAGGAAAUACGGUUAUUUCUCAUUUCUAGUUUGGGGAACUUAGAGCAUUUAGAGAAGGGAGAAAUGGAUCACCUGAUGAGUCUUCCUUCCAGGCUCAGUAAGGCAGCCUCUUUCAGCUAGCAUGUAAAUGACUCACAAGCUCUUAUAUUGUUCUUUGUAGAAAUUUAUGAUUUUAAAAGAUGAUUUGCAUUGGUAGAUUGCACUGUAAAUUUGACACACAAAAGACAAUUUUAGUUGUCGCUUUCCUCAUUUAUUUCUGUUACAUAGGGGACACAGUCCCUUCUGAGACAUUUCAUUGUUUGCUUGAGUACAGUAUUACCAGUGGCCUCUGUUUGACAGCAUUUGCUGCUGCCAUUGCUGGCAUAUGUGAUAGAAAGCAUGUUCCCUGUUGAAUAUUACGGGAAUCAGCUAAAGUGAACACUUAGGGGAAAACUUACAUAGGAUCUUUGAGUUCCUGGAGUCCAGCUUACAAUGUGGCCCUGAGGUUCUUCCCUUUGCUUCUAGCAGUUUCAUUUAUCUUUGUGGGUUGGAAAGACUAACUAUAAAGCUCUAUCUGGACUGUUAGCACAUGCCCAUAAUCCUAAUGCUUGGGAGAUGCAGGUAGGAGGAUUAUAGAUGAGUUCAGGGUCAUCCUUGGCUACAUAGGGAGUUAAAGGCCAGCCUGAGCCUCAUGAGAACCUGCCUGAAAGUACAUUUAAAAAGAAGAGGUGGAGGUUCAGUGCUGCUCAGAGCACUUGGUGCUUGUCCAGGGGGACAGAGUGUGGUUCUCAGCACCCAUGCCAGGUGGCUCACAACUGCCUAUAGCUCCAGUGUUAGAGGAUCUGACUCCCCCUUGUGGCUUUUGUGGGCAUCUGCACACAUGCUGCACACACACACACACACACACACACACACACACACACACACACACACACACGCACCUUUUUUUUUUUUUUAAGAAGCUUUAGCUCAUUUUGAUAUUGAUUAGUUUGGUUCUAAACAUAAAAUUUUGGGUUAAAAUAAGUUUCUUAGAAUUAUGUCUUUUAUUCACCAAAUAAUUAAAUUGGCUUUUUUAAAAGUAGGUUUUGCAUUAAACUGCUGGUUACAACAGUCUCUUCAGGUAUCUGCCUCCUGAGUAGCUAGGACUACAGGAAGUGCUACCACAUCUGGCCUAAGUCUGCACUCAAGAACAACCUAGUAAUUUCCCAUGAUUCCUACCAGAACUUCUUUUUUAAAAGAGCCUCCUAAGCUGGAGCUUCAGCUCGGCUGCUAGAAUGCCUGCCUAGCAUACUAGCCCAAGGCUUGAUCCCCAUUCCAUCAAAAACUGGGAGUGGAGGCUCAAGCCUUUAAUCCUAGCACUAGGAAUGCAGAAGGCAGGGUGAUCAAGAAGUUCAGGGUCAUCUUUGGCAAGUUCAGGACCAACCUGAGGCACAAGAUCUGUGUGAUUAAUGAGAAAUAACCAUGGGUUAUUUUAACUUAUGUGUGCUAGGUGGUUGAGUCACAGUGAACCUGGCAGUUGGUGCACUCUAAGGUGUGAACGUGAUUUAAAAGGUAAAUGACAUUAAUAACAAACUCUUACUUUUCAUUCAGUUAAUCUAGAAUUUAGUAAAAAGCAUGUGUUCUGCCAUGGAGUGGUUGCAAUGUAUAUACACUGGUGUUUACACAGGAUGGGUGGGGGACAGGUUUCCUGUGUAUGUGAGUUUGGGAUGGGUGGUAAAAAGGACUUCACAGGGUACUCGACUCCUUAGAGGAAUGGUGCCUGUGUGGCCACCCCUCCUUGCUUAUUUUAUUGAAAUCUGUAUCUCAUAUUACUCAGUGUUACCACUUUGUAUGAGUAGACCUUUAGAUGGGUGCAAGCAACACCUGCCCAAAAGAAGAACUGUCGAGGCGACACUAAUGACAUGUCUUUAGUUUAGUUUAGUUUAUAGUAAGGAGGGCUGCAAAGCAUUACAAUCACUUUUGUUCCUUUCUGAAAAAGUAGUUGAAAUGGUAACUGCUAACAGUCCUUAAAAUUAACAUUGGUUGUUCUUACAGCUGGACAGAAUGCAUCAUGUCAUCUCAUCCAGCUACACAGUAGCACUUAACUGUAGAGACAAAGGGGUGUUGUUUUAAGGCUGGUGAAGCCAGUGUGGAGUCUUGAAUUCUGCCUUAGGGUGACAGAAGUGUCAUAGAGUUUAGGGAGGGGGCAAAGGACGCAUGCGCACUUUGAGGGCUUUCUAAUGCACUGCUGUUCAAAAAAAAAAAAAAAAAAAAGAUGGGGGUCCACUGGGUGCUGUCUCCAGGCAUUGCAAGGGACUGCCCUGAGUAACCAACCAGGGGUCCUUCCUUCUGUUGCUUCUAAGCUUUAUGCAAAAACUUUGUUAACUUCUAUAAAGAUCAUGUGUAUUUUAAGAAAAUGACACAUUUUAAAAAAAACUUUCUGUAAGAACUGACAGAGGGGUUUGCUUAUAUGUGGGAAGCUGGCUUUGAGAAAGCGCUCUGGCAUGUUCACGACAUGUCCAGAGCUGUAGAGAUUUGUUUAAUAGAUACAUGUGCAACUAGAUGUGGACAACAAUUGUAUUUUUUUAAAAUAAAUAUUUUUAACAAAAUGA